GGGGACACGCGGGUUUAUAAAGCGUCCCCGGCCCCGCGCGGGUGCGGGAGCGGCGGCGGCGGCACCGGGCGGGAGCGGGGCUCGAACCCGCGGUGCUCGGGUGCGCCCCGGGAGCCCCGACGGGGCCACGGCCGCCCAAGGGCCAUGGAGCUGCCCACGGAUGUGGCCAUGGAUGUGGCCAUGGAGCUGAGCACGGUGCUGCCCUCGGUGCUGCCCUCGGCCGCCGCCACCCCCUGGGACAACGGCACCGCCUGGGACCCCCUGCCCGGGCACGGGGGCAACGAGACGGGCCCGCCGAGGGCCAAGAACGCCACGUCCAUCCUGAUCGCCAUCGUCAUCACCGCGCUCUACUCCGUGGUGUGCGUGGUGGGGCUGCUGGGCAACGUCCUGGUCAUGUACGGCAUCGUCAGGUACACCAAGAUGAAGACGGCCACCAACAUCUACAUCUUCAACCUGGCGCUGGCUGACGCGCUGGCCACCAGCACGCUGCCCUUCCAGAGCGCCAAGUACCUCAUGGAGACCUGGCCCUUCGGGGAGCUGCUCUGCAAGGUCGUGCUCUCCAUUGACUACUACAACAUGUUCACCAGCAUCUUCACCCUCACCAUGAUGAGCGUGGACCGCUACGUCGCCGUGUGCCACCCGGUCAAGGCCCUGGACUUCCGCACGCCGGCCAAGGCCAAGAUCAUCAACGUCUGCAUCUGGGUGCUCUCCUCCCUCAUCGGGGUGCCCAUCAUGAUCAUGGCGGUCACCAAGUCAAAAGACGGGAUGGUGCUGUGCACCCUGCAGUUCCCUGACCCUCCCAUCUACUGGGACACCGUCACCAAGAUCUGCGUCUUCAUCUUCGCCUUCCUGGUGCCCAUCCUGGUCAUCACCAUCUGCUACGGGCUGAUGAUCCUGCGCCUGAAGAGCGUCCGCCUCCUCUCGGGCUCCAAGGAGAAGGACCGGAACCUGCGGCGCAUCACGCGCAUGGUGCUGGUGGUGGUGGCCGCCUUCAUCAUCUGCUGGACCCCCAUCCACAUCUUCGUCAUCGUCUGGACGCUGGUGGACAUCGACAAGAAGAACCCCUACGUGGUGGCCAGCCUGCACUUCUGCAUCGCCCUGGGCUACACCAACAGCAGCCUCAACCCCGUCCUCUACGCCUUCCUGGACGAGAACUUCAAGCGGUGCUUCCGGGAGUUCUGCCUGCCCUUCCGAGCCCGCGUGGACCAGAACAGCUUCUCCCGCGCCCGGAACACCACGAGGGAGCAGGUGUCCACCUGCACCCCCUCGGAAGCCCCCAACAAGCCGGCAUGACUAGGCGUGGGCAGCCCCCAGCGGGGCUGCCGGGGACGCGGAGGGGACGACCUGCGCUCGGAGGUCACCCAGGUCACCACCACGGAGUUCUGAGCAGAGCGGUGGCACCGCCGGGUGACGCCCCGGGGGUUGUGCCCGCAGUGACUGCAGAGACUUUGGUUGUCCCAGGAGAAGCGGGAUGGGGGAAGCAGGACUUGCCGAGCGGGGCAGGGAGAGGAUCGGGACAAGAAUCAACCCGGGCAGAGCUGCUCUGCUGCUGCUCCCACCCUGACUGAGGCCACCCAGCAAGGGCUGUCACCCUCCCAAACGUGGCUCUCUGCAGAGCCCAGGACACCAGGACUGCAGUGUCCAUGUGCUUCUCCUCCUGCAGGGGCCAAGGUGGCACCACAGCCCAUGGCAAGAGGGGAAACGCUCCCGUGGCAUAAGGGGACUGUGCCAGGGGGUGAUUGUAGGACCAUGGAAUCGUUCAGGUUGGAAAAGCCCUCUGACCCAUGGCCACCAAGGCCACCACUGACCCAUGUCCCCGAGUGCCACAUCCACAGGGCUUUAAAUCCCUGCAGGGAUGGGGACUCCACCACUGCCCUGGGCAGCUGUGCCAGGGCUGGACAGCCCUUUCAGUGAAGAAAUGUUUCCUGCUAUCCAACCUAAAGCUCUCCUGGCACGACCUGAGGCUGUUUCCUCCACCAGAUGAUGGGACAUCAGUCCAUCCCCCUCUGAGCUGUGUCCAAGAAACAACCAGAGCCGGGAAGAGAAAAUGAUGUCGCUUCAGAGACUGUAAUCAAAGAGCUCCAGAUCCACACCUGGAGUCCUUCAAUCUGGGACUGCUCCCAGAGAAGAACUUUCUACCACUGAUGUCAUUACUCUGUUAUUUAGAGACCUCUGACUGCAGCCAGGGCAGCCCUGGACAUGGGUGUGAUGCUGGGAAUACGGAUGCAGCCAGGGCAUACCUGAAGCUGACUCUUUACCCACGUGCCAGUGCCAAAUUCCCUGUGCCCUGCAUCCAUCAAGGUGACAGGGAGCUGAUGAAGACAUUAAGCCCGAGAAGAACCUCAUUAAGGGAGUAAUUUGUGGGCACUCGAGUUGUUUCUCGCAGUGCUAAAGCAGUUAGGCUGGAACAACGGGCAGUGCCAAGGGCUCUGCCUUCCCUGCCCAUCAGGAGAAGGCUGAGCAACAGCACUGCCCAGAUUUCCAGAGCAGAGCCAAAAAGGAUGGGAUGGGGCUGUGCUAUUUUGUGUUUUUUAGGAGAAGAUGAAAAAACUAUUCCCUUUCUUUCACAAUUCCCCAAGCAGGGACAGAGGCUGUGCAGGCACCGAGCAAGGACCCACAGCCUGCAAGAGGCAGAGAUCUGGGGGUCUCAGCUCUCAUCUGGAUGGAGCAGCAUCCCCCUAAAGGCAUGGCCGAGCUCCAGCUCCCACCACAUCCUGCAGGAGCCACAUCACCUGCAGCUGAACGAUGACUGAUGGGUGCUCCCCCUCCCCGAAUCCCCCCGUCAGCCCCGUGCCACACCCCUGAGCCACCACUUGUCCUUGUUGUCCCCUUGCCACCGUCAUUGCCAGGCAGUCAGACAGCCCGGGGAGGAGGAGGGGGGUGCUUGGAGGAAGCAGGAACAGCAGUGAGUGCACAAAUUGGUGCAGCUGGAGGAAGCAGGCGAGCGCUGGGGGCACCUGGGGCUCUCGGGCUGGAGGCAGAGCCUUGCCUUGUGUCUGGUUUCUCCAGUUGCAUCAAUUUAGUCUAAUAACGGCCAUUACUUCUCCUCAGCAGCCCCACCUUUCUCCAGAGCCUGUGGAAAUUGCAGCCUUCCUUGUUAGGAAGACAUGAGGCAGCCAAGGCCAAUUUCUGUUUCAAAGGAAUCGAGUAGGGUGAAAUUGCCCAUUUGGGUCUCAAAUCAAUUGUGCUGGAGGAUCCUCCUCCUCCUCUGCCUGCACCGUGUCAACCUGGCACAGGCAAAAGCCUCUUGCUCAGUGUUACAUCCACCUGGACAUCUGCAGCUCGUGCCCAGGGCUCCUCAGGAUCCCUUUGCAGGCACGGAUGGAGUCCUGGAUCACUGGCUUGGGUUCCUCAUCCUCUGCUGCCACAACUCGUGGAGCAUCGGGUGAGGGAAGGCAGGGUGGGCUCCAGGGCAGGAACUGGGGAGAAACCCCCAGGGUCCCACAAGGCUGAGUUUCAGCUCCUUGAGAAGAGAGGCUGAAGUGCCCAGAGGGUUGGAGACCAUCCUUUAGCUGUCCACACCCAGGGCAGAACCCUCAGCAGCCUGUGGUGGGAAAGGUUUGCAGCUGGUUGAUGGCGAGGACCUGGCCACGGUGGGAUUUUGGGAUGAACCACCUGGCUGGAUGCUGUGGAGUGGGACAUCUUGGGGGUUCUCUCCUGGCUUGAGCACGAAGCUGAAUUCCAGCUUGGUAUCUCAGUUUGGGGGGCACCCCUAAAAGACGUGGUGACCCCAAAUCGGUGAUCUCUUCAACCCGCCAGUGCCUCAGAGCGCCCUAAAAUCCAACCCCGUGACCAAGGCUGGGAAUGGCACGACGGAGAGCAGCUCUUCCCACGGCAGGGGAGGAACAGGGACACAGGGAAGGUGAACCCCACCAUCAGGGAUGGGGCAUCUCUGCCCUGGUGCAGCCCCUCUGAGGACGUGUCAUCGAGUGGGGGGCACGAGCGAGCCCCCCACCAGUGCUGGGGCCCGUGGGCUGCCCUGAGGCUCCACAGGCAGCUCAGCCCCCCUCCAAUUUCCCAUCCCCACGGGGCCUUUUUUCCAUCUGCCGAAUUCCCAGCCUGCUGGGACACGUGCCUGCCGUGGCCUUAAAGCGGGUUAAGAGGCUCCAAGUCAUUACUUUUUAAAAUGCCACCGUGCUUGGGCAGAGCUCUGAGCCCAGGAAACGUGGCUUUCCCGAGCUCUGGCUUUGCUGACUGACAGAAUAUUCCCGGGAAAAAGGGGACACGGGAGGAGAGCACCACACUGGAGCACGUGGGGGUGGCACAAGGACCUUGAGCAUCCCGUUCUGGCAGCAGCCUGGCAGGGAUCUUGGGGGCUGAUCCAGCUUCUCCCCUCCCAAAAACACAGCUGUGCCGGCCCCUCGUUUGGGUUGGGAAAGUGAGGGGGAAUCCUGACCCUGGGGAACACCACUGGGAUGCUGGGAGGGAGCUCUGUGUGUUCUUAUAUAAAUAUAUCUGUAUGUAUAUGUGUCUCUAGGUGUAUGAAGUCAAAGUGACCCCAAGGGCCCCCCCUCCCACCCCCUGCUACAGCAGCUGCCCCGAGUGUGGUGGAGCUGAAUUCACCAUGCCCACAGCACCUCACCAAGUGCUUCAGCCACUAUUUCCAGCUGCAGCCCUUGGGAUUUUGGGCUUUUUCGGUGGCUAUUCUGUAUAGGAACCCUGCUUUCUAAAAAAUAAAAUAAUACAGCAAAAUGAAA